CCGAAGCCCUCCAUGCAAGCCGAUGGCUACUGCGGCUUUAAGAGGGCCCGGAAGCCGAGAGGGAGCCGGCAGGCGUCGGGCUGAGCACUCUGCAUUGCAAGCGAAGGGAUCUUCCUGCCUGCCGCGGCUCUCCAAUGACCUGCGCGGGGGCGAGCCGUCGGAGCGCACUGGGGCCUUGCUGCGUAGCGCGCCGCCGCACGCCGCGAUGGAGUCUGCAAGGCAACGCCGCCGCCUCGGCGCUGCCUGCUGAGUUGAGUCUCCGGGGCGACUUGCGGGGCUGAUUCUCGCGCGGGGGGCUCAGGUCGUUGGAGGCAACAGCCAGCCAUGGCCGAAGCGGCGAAGGCGGCCGGAGACGCGUCGGAGAGGCACUGCUGGGUCUGUUUUGCUACGGAAGGGGACGACCGGUCGGCCGAGUGGGUCUGCCCUUGCCGUUGCAAAGGCUCCACCAAGUGGAUCCACCAGGCCUGCCUCCAGCGCUGGCUCGACGAGAAGCAGAAGGGGAACAGCACGGGCAGCGUGAGCUGUCCGCAGUGUGGCACGGAGUAUCGCAUCGUCUUCCCCAAACUGGGACCCCUGGUGUAUUUCCUGCAGCAAGUCGACCGGGUCUUAUCCCAGGUCAGCCCCUUUGCUGCUGCUGGCAUCGUGGUGGGGACGCUAUACUGGUCAGCGGUGACUUAUGGGGCUGUCACCGUGAUGCAGGUUGUUGGCCAUAAAAAGGGCCUGGAUGUGAUGGAGCGGGCAGACCCCCUCUUCUUGCUCAUGGGCCUCCCAACCAUCCCCGUCAUGCUGGUGCUGGGGAAGAUGAUCCGCUGGGAGGAAUACGUGCUGCGGAUCUGGCGGAAGUACUCCAGCAAGCUGCAGGCCCUGCAGGCACUGGUGCCAGGGGUCAGCCGCCCGGUGCCCCAGGCCCCGCUGGCCGAGUCCCGCUUCCAGAGCGACCAUCUCUCCAUCUCACGCACGCUGUGUGGAGCCCUGGUCUUCCCUACCAUCGCCAACCUAGUUGGCAGGGUCACCUUCCGCAGAGUGAAUUCCAGUCUCCAGCGGACCAUCCUGGGGGGCAUUGCUUUUGUCGCUAUCAAAGGCGCCCUGAAAGUCUAUUUCCGCCAGCAGCAGUACCUGAUCCAGGCCAACCGACGCAUCCUCAACUACGUGGAGAAGGAAGACACGGAGGAAGGCGCUGCUCAGCCCGACGAGGACAGUGGCAGCGAAGCAGGACUCAGCUAGGGCAGGAUAUGCCCCCCUGGAGACCCUUCCUCCUUCUAAGCUCCCCAAAGAAACAGGAUUCUUCUCCAGGGUUUAGGCCAGCCGGGCAGCUCUGCUCCUCUCAGACGGGGACCCAGACAUGUGCUGUACACUUGACCGCUGUGUUCAGAGGAUGGGACGACUAAUUUUAGGUUGGACUGGACAAAGGGCCUCGCUGGGAUUUCACUGAAGAGCAAAUCUCCUUUAUUUUUAAACUGGUGGCUUAUUUGCAGUUGGCUGUUGACCUCGUUCUGUGUCUAGCUUCACCGCCACGUUGGUUUCUAAUCCUGUGUAGGUCCAUUUAAACCACGGUUUAAAUAAAACAAGAUGUAAACCUC